UACACAGUCCUCGAUUCCUUGCACUGUGUGUUUUGCUGCUCUGAGACCAGUUACGCUCUCACUUUGUGUGGAGCAUUUUGUUGAUAUGUGACCUUAGAGCUGGUCUGAAAUCAGUGCCUUGUUUGUAGGAACUCCAUUCGUGGACUGGUACUCCACCUCCAGAGAGCGGGGCAGAGCGGCAGAGACGCACUGCUGUCAGAACCUCCAAGGGCUUUGUUCAGCAGCACAGAGCAGUUUUUGAGAUUUCUGUAAACCAUGAAUCGUUUCGUCUUGGUGGUUUUGGGAUCGCUGCUUCUCUCUCCUCAGCAGGCACACGGCGUGAGAGAUGACAGGUCCAACUGCAAACCAAUAACAUCCACCUUUUGUCAAGGCGUGGGAUACACCACCACCCUCCAUCCGAGCGGCGCCUCGGGCUUCAGCCUGCAGCAGAUCGGUCAGAUCGUGGAGACGGCCUGUUCGCCAGGGGUCUCCACGCUCAUGUGUCGCACCGCCCUGCCCGAGUGCGGCUCGGAGGACGACAGCCGCAAGAAGCCGUGCCGAGCUCUCUGCGAGAAGGUCAAGACGGACUGCGAGUCUGUCAUCAAGGCCAAGCGGCUCUCCUGGCCGAUGAGGCUCCGGUGUGAAUCUUUACCAGAGUCCAACUGUGUGCAGGGUGAAGAACCCCGUGUUCCUCCGACCUCCCCUCCGACAUGUCAGACGAUCACUGUCCCCCUCUGCUCAGACUUAACUUACACUGAGACUGUGCUGCCUAAUAUUCUAGGCCACAACUCUCAGGAGGAGGCGGCCCUGCAGAUACAACGCUUCGCAUCAUUUGUGAAAGUGGAGUGCUCCCCUCACCUCAAGUCUUUCCUGUGCUCCGUCUUCACCCCCGAGUGUGUGGCGGGAAGAGCCCGGCCUCCCUGCAGGACGCUGUGCGAGCAGUCGCGCUCCGGCUGCGAGUCGCUGAUGAACAAGUUUGCCUUGGAGUGGCCUGAAGCCCUCAAGUGUGAGGCGUUCACCACAGAGACGUGUGAACACGGUGAAGACGCCAUUUUUACUCAAACACCCUUCAAAACGUGCGAGAGAAUCACUGUCCCUCUCUGCAAAGACCUGCCGUACACCGAGACCGUGAUGCCCAACAUCCUGGGCCACAAGACUCAGGAGGACGCGAGUCUUGAAGUACAUCAGUAUUUCCCUCUUGUAAAGGUGGAGUGCUCCCCCCACCUCAAGUCUUUCCUGUGCUCCGUCUUCACCCCCGAGUGUGUGGCGGGAAAAGCCCGGCCUCCCUGCAGGAGGCUCUGCGAGCAGGCGCGCUCCGGCUGCGAGUCGCUGAUGAACAAGUUUGGCUUUCAGUGGCCUGAAUCUUUCAGGUGUGAGGCGUUCACUACGGAGUCCUGUGAACAGUACGGCGUGAGCAGCAGUGGGGGGAUCUGUGAGCCCAUCACCAUCCCCAUGUGUCAGGGUCUGGCCUACAACCAGACCAUCAUCCCCAAUCUCCUGGGACACACGAGUCAAAGAGAAGCCGUGAUGAAGAUGUCCUUCUUCAACUCCAUGGUGCAGACCUUGUGCUCGGUGGACAUACGCCUCUUCCUGUGCAGGGUGUACGCCCCCCAGUGCGUGGCGGGGGAAGUGCAGCGGCCCUGCAGGUCCUUCUGCGAGAGGGCCAAACAGGGCUGCGAGAGUCUGAUGACCAGCUUCGGCGUCUCCUGGCCGAAUGAGCUGAACUGUAACUCGUUCCCAGAGGAAAUGUGUAUCUCAGAGGAGAGCAGGACUGAGCAGAUGCUGAAUGUUGAAACUGUUCUCGCUAAGCUGAACGCCGGUGGCUAUUCUGUUCGUGGCAAAUCCCUGAGUCUCAAGACUGCCCGCCUACUGCUGAUUCUCAUGGAUGCAGACAACACCGGAGACCUGGAUGUGUUGGAGUUCUUCAAACUGGAGCAUUUUGUGGCCAUCGUCAGGAGGGAGUAUGUGGAGAGCUACGAGAGGAGGACUCCACCCUCCGUCCCUGAAGCCCAGUUGAAAAGGGCUCUGUCUGUCCAUGACUUCGGUGUAGAUGAUGAAACCUUCCGAAUCCUGUGGCUGAAAUACGGCUCCCGGAGUGGGAUCGACUACGACGAGUAUGUGGCCGUCAUAACAGAACUUCAGAUCCUCAAAGAUCGUUUCAAGGCCCAUCUGCUGAAUUUGCCGUGUGACUGCCAAGUCGCCAGCUUCUCUUUCAAGCAGUUCAUGAAAUCGGCCAUAAUCUGAGGAUCAAGCAGGAGCUGAGCGCAAUGAACUAUGACAUCAUAACUGUUCAGUAGCACAGAGCUGUAAGGGACUAAUAGAAAUGGUUAUGAAUCCAUUUAUCAUCUUCAUCAACAAACCAUUGUUAGAGUAUUAAACUAUUAAAGGGACAUUGAGCUUUUUCUUAUUCAUGCCUGAAGUUUUUGUUGGUUUUAGUUGCAAAGUGCUUCUUGUGUGUGUUUGUAUUUUCAGAUCAAAUGUAUGAUCAGCCAUUUUGUGACAUUUUCACAUCUCACAUUAAAAAUAUUCAGUUGCAACAAUCAUUAAGCUUUUUCUACAUAUUUAACUUUCCUUUUUCUUCGGCUAAAAAUCUGAUGAAAUUACAUGUGAACAUAAUGGUGGCUCUAAAAAAAAAGCCAGAUAGUCUAUUGUAAUAGUUUUUAUUGCAAGAGCAGAUUCACUUUAAUAAUUAAAUAAAUAAAUGAAAGAAGAAAUAAUAAGUGCCAUUAAAUUUCAAUUUAACAUUGAUUCACUGAGCAUUUUAUUAGGAACACCUGUGCCCCUGCUUAUUAAUGCAAUUAUCCAUCCAGCCAAUCGUGCCAGCAGUGCAAUGUGUAAAAUCCUGCAGGUACAGGUGAGGAGCUGCAUUUAAUGUUCAAAUCAAAACAUCAGAAUGUGUGAAAAAUGUGAUCUCAGUGACUUUAACUGUGGCAUGAUUGUUGGUGCCAUGAGGUGGCUGUGUUUAAUAACUUCAUACAUGUUCAUACUAACAUGGUUACUAACAUGGUUACUCUUGAGAUAAAAGCAUACAGUCUGUGGGUAAAAGGUUGUAAUGUUGUAAAUUAAUUACAAUAGUUAGUUAAUUAAAAUAUGCAUUAAAGGGUGUGUAAAUGAU